AUGGCGCCGUCCGACCCAACUUGGCAUCUGCCACUAGCAAGAUGGCCGCCUCCAGCGAUCCACUUCCGGUUGUGUGGCUGCCUGCAGGUCAUGGGGUCCGCGGCGGGGCUCAUUCUGCUGCUGCUCCCGGUCAUCGGGGCGGAGGGGGGAUGGGAUCCUGCCGGGUAUGUGCUGUACUGCCCCUGCAUGGGUGAGUGUGAGACCCCGGGCAGCCCCACAUUGUACAGCGCUACGGAAUGUGACGGCGCUAUAUAAAUAAUAAUCUCAUUGUACAGCGCUACGGAAUGUGACGGCGCUAUAUAAAUAAUAAUCCCAUUGUACAGCGCUACGGAAUGUGACGGCGCUAUAUAAAUAAUAAUCCCAUUGUACAGCGCUACGGAAUGUGACGGCGCUACAUAAAUAAUAAUCCCAUUGUACAGCGCUGCGGAAUGUGACGGCGCUAUAUAAAUAAUAAUCCCAUUGUACGGCGCUACGGAAUGUGAUGGCGCUGUAUAAAUAAUAAUCCCAUUGUACGGCGCUACGGAAUGUGGCGGCGCUAUAUAAAUAAUCCCAUUGUACAGCGCUGCGGAAUGCGGCGGCGCUAUAUAAAUAAUAAUCCCAUUGUACGGCGCUACGGAAUGUGAUGGCGCUACAUAACUAAUAAUCCCAUUGUACAGCGCUAUGGAAUGUGACGGCGCUAUAUAAAUAAUAAUCCCAUUGUACAGCGCUACGGAAUGUGAUGGCGCUAUAUAAAUAAUAACCUGCAAUGGGGACCUCUGGUACUCCACUCAUUCUGGACUACGGUUCUUGGCAAUUUACAGCUGGUUACCAUGGUGUCUGCAAUUAUUGGGGUACCCAGGGUUAGCUCCCACUGUUAUAGCCAAUUCUUUCUCUAUCUUUAAUAGAUAAAAACCCUGAGUAACCUCUUAUUUUAUGCCUUCCAAUGAAAAAAUAUCUUAUAGUCAUGUAUUACAAUGUCUAUAUUAUGUAUUAGCACUUUUUUUUGGUGACUUUUGUUAUUUGUGAUAGAUCUACAUAUGGCUAUAAGAGAUUUCCUAGAUUACAUUCCUGAAAACCAGCGCUGGCAUUCAGGGUUAAUAUUGCUAUAUCAUAUGCAAGCUGGAAUGUGGUUCCAGUCUAAAGUGUAACUUGGCAGCAUUAGUAUCUGCUCGCCACCUUCUGCACUGGCAGGUCAGAGUGGAUCAAAUCGACCAACUCGCCAUUCAUUAAUAAUAAAUUACUCUAAAAUGGAAACUUAUCAAAACAACGAUAAUAUAUCGUCUUUAUGGUUAGAUUUGUGUAUGCAAAACAAUGAUGUGAAAUUCUGACUGUCAGCCAAAAAUGUUCGAAUGUACUAAAGUUUCUAUUAACUUUAAGAUUUGGUGCGUCUUGUUAACUGAAGAAUCAAUGCAUUUCUUUAACAUAAAGGCUGGGACAUUUCCCUAUUUAAGGUUUUUGAUUUGAUUCUGGGAUUGUGGACACUGCAGAAAUAAUUAACCUGUGUAAUCGGUCCCGUUGUAAAUGCUGCUAGUAGUAGCGUGCUUCUCUCCUUGACGGUUUUACAUCAAUCUUAGUACAAAGUCACUUUCAUCUAUUGUGUGAUUGUCCAUAGACUGGUACUGACCCUUUAAAACCAGGAGGAAACUGUGGCAUAUGUGUGAUGUCGUGUGGCGUGUCUCUAGUCCAGCUCUCAACCUACCGGACAUCGCAGACCUACUGAGAUGGUCCAUGUGGCAGAACCAACCUCCCAACUGGAGGAGCCUGGUUGCCCACCACUUGUCGCUGGACUAUGGCCCUGCAUUAAAAACCUUUUAUUUUCCAUAUGUGAGCAGUGUUACCCUAGAUAGCUAUGCCAUGGAGCCCAGCCGUAUACUGAAAGACUUUUGCCUCUGUCCUUGAAGAUAAUUGGAUUACUUCCCAAUUAUCUCCAGGACAGAGAGGAGGGAUUGUGAUGCAUUGUGGGAUUGUAAGCUUGCGAUUGGUCAAUGUCCAAUAUGUUUCCCAGUCUUCUAUCUGGUCCCCUAGGGGAGUGUCCACCAGGUGGGAGACCUGCAUAAAAGCCGGGCAGGUAGCCCCAGUAAAUCAGUUCUGCUUGACCCUCAAACGAAGUGUCGUUCUUGGGGGGAAUUGGAUUGUAUGCUGUUACAGUGCGACUGCCAGCUGUAAGCUGUUCGUAUGAUUUUUCCUGUUCGGCUGUUUACAGCAUUCGUGUGUUUCCUGUUCGGGAGUUGGAGUUUUCAUGUGUUUGCAGUUCAGGAGAUUGGUUAAUUCAUGUGUUUGAAGUUCGGGAGAUUGGUGAAUUCAUGUGUUUGUAGUUCGGUAGAUUGGUGAUUGCAGUAGCUGCCUGUGCAUCUGAAAAGGGGAAUAUCGCCUAAACGGUUUUUAACAUCUUGUGUGCAAAACGGUCCGUUACAGUCCAUAUACCAGCUGCCGUAUAUACAGUCACAGGCCUAUUCACAGAAGUUUGAAUUAUAGUGAUUUAAAAAAAAAUCAGAACAGCAAAAAUGCAGACUUACAUUAGCAAGGUUCAACUAUGGCUCGGUUGGAGAAUUUUUCAAUGUAGGUAUCCGAUCAAUACAAGUUGAAGUUUAUUGAAUAACCCUCGCAGAUGUGUUCACCAAAACGUGACUUAUUGGGAAUUUAAAAGUGAAUUUCUAAUUUUAGUUCAGUGUAGUAGAUUUCAUUUUUACCAUUCAGCUAUUUUGACCUUAAACUUGACAUUCCCUUUCACCUUUAAUUCCUGACAAUUCACAAUUCAGCGAAUAACUGUAACUGUGUACUCCCUUCAUCUUCAACUAAGAAAGAACCAAAAACGAUGGGGCCAUUGAAGCCGUAGAAACAGGUCCUCUUUUGGCCUGUUGAACCAUCGGUCUCAGAGCCAGGGAAAAAAUAAAUCGCAUUGACAGGUGUAUUUUAAUAAAACUAACAUUCCAUAUAAUUCUUCCUUUUUGUUUACUUGCAGGAAGAUUUGGGAACCAGGCUGAUCAUUUCCUAGGCUCCUUAGCUUUUGCGAAGAUGUUAAAUCGUACUCUUGUAGUCCCUCCAUGGAUUGUGUACAAUCAUCAUCAACCUCCCUACACCAACGUAAGUAAUAGUGAAAACCCGAUUGGGACUCCCAUGGCUUGCUUACACAUGUAUUUCACUUACAUGCAAAUAAUAGUUACAUAGUUACAUAGCUGAAAAGAGACUUGCGUCCAUCAAGUUCAGCCUUCCUCACAUAUGUUUUUGCUGUUGAUCCAAAAGAAGGCAAAAACCCAGUCGGAAGCGCUUCUAAUUUUGCAACAAACUAGGAAAAAAUUCCUUCUUGACCCCAGAAUAGCAGUCAGAUGUCUCCUUGGAUCAAGCAGUUAUAACCCCACUAAUUCGAAAUUAUAUCCCUGUAUGUUAUGUUUUUGCAAGUAUUUAUCCAAUUGCUGUUUAAAUAUGGACUCUGAUAAAACCAACUCUUCAGACAGAGAAUUCCAUAUCCUUAUUGCUCUUACUGUAAAGGAAACCUUUUCUUUGCCUUAGAUGAAAUCUCCUUUCUUCCAGUCUAAAUGCGUGACCUCGUGUCCUAUGUAUAGCCCUGUUUAUGAAUAGAUUUCCACACAAUGGUUUGUAUUGGGCCCGAAUAUAUUUGUAUAAUGGUAUCAUAUCCCCUCUGAGGCAGCGUUUUUCCAAACUAAUGAGACUCCUUUCUCCAGGUACAUGUGCCUUUCAAAGAAUAUUUUCAGUUGGAGCCUUUGAGGAAGUUCCACAGAGUUGUCAGCUUGGAGGAGUUUAUGGAGAAACUUGCCCCUGACCACUGGCCAUCAAACCAGCGAAUAGCCUAUUGUUUUGCAGCAGCAGCACAGAGGAGUCAGGACAAAAAGACUUGCCCUAUGAAGGUAAUCUCGGUCAUUGGAGCAGAGGGGAUGGACUCAUGUAGUGGUUGGUUAGAAAAACAGAACUGAUUUGUAAUUGUCUGUGGUUAUAUCAAAUGAAACAAGAUUUUCACAUGUGGGGUGUCUUGAUGUCCGUAUUUGAUGAGAUUCUAUAUCGAACAAUGAUCAUCUGUCUAUACCUUUGUUUAGAUAUUAUUACAUACAAGGUUCAGGGUAGAGGGUACAGGCAUGCGCUUCAUCUUGUUAUGUGCAGUUGAUCCCCAGCAUAACUAACAUCAACUACUCAUUACAUUGAGAUGCUUGGAGUUCCCUUUAAGGAUUAGAAUUGUUUUGCUUUCCUUUUUUAGGACGGAAACCCUUUUGGACCAUUUUGGGAUAAUUUUCAUGUGGACUUCAUAAAAUCUGAGCUGUUUGAUGGCAUUAGUUUCAGCUCCUACUACAAAGAUGCGUGGAAGAGCAAGUAUGAAUUUAAUCCCUGGGGGGAUAUCCCUUUAAUAGUGAAUUGAAAACCAGAUUUAGGUAAAAAUAGAAGAGUAAGAGAAUAUGUUACACUUCUCCUUUAACAUUUUCUUCCCCCACUGUAAUACAUGCGUUGAAUGUGCAAAUCGAAAGGUCCUUUGUUAAAGCACCCCAAAGAUCCUCAAGGGGUAACAUCCAUUUGUAAACUGAAGCUAAAGGAAAUGAGAUCUACCUAUCCCAAAUUACUUGGAAUACCUAUCCAGCAAGUUAUCUGGCUGUGGCUUUGUGAAAAUACAGGAAUCCUUUAUGAUGAUUUCCUGUCUUGCAAAAGUAACAAACAAGCAACAAAAUAAAAAAAACACCCAUCAAUGUUUGAAACUUUAAGGAGUGGAGACCUUUUUUUGUAAGAAAUGAUUCAUGUAUUUAAUAAUUUCUUCUGUUUUGUCAGAUUCCCCCCAUCCCAGCAUCCAGUUCUUGCUAUGCCAGGGGCACCUGCCCAGUUUCCAGUCCUUGAGGAGCACCGUGCCUUGCACAGAUAUUUGGUAUGGUCAGAAAAGUUGGCCCUACAGGGAGAGGAACACAUUCGGACCUUGCUCAUCAGACCCUAUGUGGGCAUUCAUCUUCGGAUUGGUUCUGAUUGGGUGAGUGUUUUAAGCGGCAGCAGUAUGAUGGGAGCUUUCAGUGCGAUACAUUGAUACUGACUUCUUGUGUUCACGAUCAUCUCCUGCCUUUAGAAAAAUGCUUGCAAUAUGGUGAAGGAUGGGACUGCUGGCUCACAUUUCAUGGCGUCCCCUCAGUGUGUGGGAUACGACAGACAGAAUGCGGCUACCCUUACCAUGGACAUGUGCCUACCUGAUCUCAAAGAAAUCAUACGUGCGGUGACUCGCUGGGUAAAAAAUGCCAAUGCCAAAUCUGUGUACAUUGCCACGGACUCCACAUCGUACACUGCAGAGAUACAGGCUUCCUUAGGAAAAAAGGUACUUAGAUUUAGAGAUUUAGCUGUAUUGACAAUGGGUUGA